AUGCACAAAGCGUCCACAACUCCUUUUGGAACUCUGGAGCGCAAGGCCCUUGCGUUGAGUUUGGAGCAGUCCGAUCUUGACAAGCGCAAGCUGGACAAGGCUGCACUGUGCUCUUGGGCGGUGUGUGUUGCAGGACAACGACCAAUCAACAGAGUUCCUCAAAUCGCAUGCUCCAUGUGCCCACAGCCCCUGCCGGCCUCCGGAGAGUCAGUUGCUUGGAUGGCAGCGACGCAGCCCGUCACCACGACCAGCAAUCCCCACGAGUUGCCACAGCCAAAGGCACCCGAGAUCACGGUUGAGACAGAUAUUCCAGAUGGAAGUCCAUUGGCCAGUUGCAGAGGCUACGAGGAACAUUGGGCCCAAUGCACGCAGCCCAGUUGUCAGGGGGCUGAGAGGGUGAACUGCGCCUUCACGGCGUGGAGUCAAUGGGAAAGCUUGGGAGGCUGUUCCGGGCUGGGACUUCGAAGCCGGAAGAUCGCCAGGCAUCACCAGAACGGUGGAAUGCCCUGCAACGGUAUCAAGGAGGAAACCCGGGAGAUGGACCAGUUCUUCGGCGAAGGAUGCCUCGUGGGCGAUCGAGACUGUGAAUGGGGCGAGUGGUCGGACUGGAGUCAUUGCGGAUGCGAGAUCUGCGGUGAGGACCGAAAAGCUCAGAAGGUGAAGUAUCGAAAGAUUGUGAAGCAGGCUUUGGGCGCGGGCAGGCCAUGCGCCGGCAACUUCAAUCUGACUGAACCUUGUGGAGCAGAAGAAAAACCACAGGAUUGUAGGCUCAGCGACUGGGGGGAAUGGACACGAUGCAGUGCGACCUGCAACGGCGGUGUGCGUGGGUCCAUGCGACGCGUGAUGAGAGAAGCGGAUUACGGUGGCGCGGCCUGCGAAGCAUCAUUGAGGAAAACCGAGGCUUGCGGCACUCGGUCCUGUGAUCAUCACGCGGACUGUGUCAUUGGUGCGUGGGGAGCUUGGCGUGGCUGCGAGAUACCAGGGACGGUGCAGAUGACCAGACAGCGGCAAAUUGAGACCUACGCCAAGGGUGAUGGAGAAGCCUGUGACGCGCCGCUCACCGAAACCGCGGGCUGCGAAAACCGAGACGACUUGAAGUGGUGUGACAUCUCCUUCUGGAGUCCCUGGAGCACCUGCCCUGUGGCCUGUGGAGGGGGCCAACAGAUGCGCGUUCGGCAUUUGCGGAGCCAAUCCAACUGCUUUCCGAUGGCGCGGGAGGAUCUGAAAGAAAUCCGCGGCUGCAACACGGACUCCUGUAACUUUAAUGGUGGUUGCGAAAUGUCGUCCUGGUCUGCUUGGGGCCAAUGCUCACAAGACUGUGGCAUCGGUGUCACAGUCAGAACUCGCAACAUCGACAAAGCCGCUGAGAAUGGAGGAAAGAGCUGCAUGGCUUCUCUGAAAGAGAUGAAAGACUGCGAGAAUGAGCCGUGUCCCAUCCGCGAUUGCCAGUGGGCCGCCUGGGAUCACUGGAGUGGCUGCUCCUGCACCUGCGGUGGGGGUCUCAAGCGCCGAGCUCGCAUUGUAGAGGUGGCUCCGCGUGCUGGAGGGGCACUCUGCGAACCCUCCGACAAGCUGGAGGUGGUCCCCUGCAAUACUCAGCCCUGUGGUGAUUGUGUGGACGGCAAAUGGACCUCCUGGAGCAUGUGGUCGGAAUGCACCGCGACUUGCGCACCCGCCUAUCGCUGGAGGCAUCGUAGCGUGGCUGAGAGAAACAACGACUGUGGCAGCCCGGUGACUGGCUUGGAG